UGAACUCGUACUUAUAGUUUCUUUUCGUUUUAAACCAAAAAAAUAUAUACUUUGCAUUUCAGAAUACAUUGACUACUGGUUGAAUUCUAAACAUGAGUUUUGUAGUUACGAAGGAGAAAGUGGACCUCCUAUAAUUUUGGUUGGCACUUUUGCAGAUCAGUUAAAAGAGGACAUCUCUCCAGAUGAUGCUUGGAGUUCGUUGAGAGAAUUCCUGGUUGACAAGGCAGCAAGUUGUCAUUUGACCACAGAGAACUUUUUAAUAGACAACUCUGUUGAAGAUGAGAAUAUUCAGUCCCUAAAGAAACAUAUAUUCAAUGAAGCUUCCAAACAGGCCUACUGGGGAGAGGAUAUCCCAGCGAAAUGGGUCACAUUAGAAGACGUUCUGAUAGGAAUCAAGGAGGAAAACCUAAAGGUAUUACACAAAGACAGACUGAAAGAACUGAAUAAGACAUUGCCUGCACCUAUUGAAACUGACGAGGAACUAGAAUUAUACUUGCAGUUUCAUCAUGAAAUGGGGAACAUCCUAUAUUUCAGCAAAGAUGACUUGACAAAUUACAUCCUUCUAGAUCCACAAUGGUUAAUUGAUGCCUUUAAGAGUGUGAUUACUGCAAAAUUAUUUUGCAUAAGUCGGACAAAUAUACAGAAAGAAUGGAUGGAGUUCGAGCGAACAGCUAUGUUAAAACCUGUAUUGAUUGAUGCAGUCUGGGAAAAGCUCGAAAACAGCGGUUACAAAAAUUAUAGAGACCUGUUACUGACUUACAUGGAAAUUCUAGGAUUGGUGGCUAGACCAGUACAACAAGAGGACCAUUCAGCGGAGGUCGAAGACUGGUAUUUUGUUCCAUGCAUGCUGAAAGAGCCUCCUCCAGAGAAAGAAACCUGUUAUUGUGAUUCUCCAGAUUGCAAGUAUACAAGUAAACUCUGCUAUACGACGGCUGAAGAGCCUGGAAGAAGAUUCUUGCCAGCUACAAUGUUCAACAAACUGCUUGCUGCAUGUCUACGAAAAUGGCCAUUAUCAAAACAAAACGGAAAAUCCAUGAUUUUCUGUGGAGGCGCUAUUUUCAAGCUGAAAGCGAAUCAUUUCCUCUAUAUUUUCUUCUACGAGCAUGUGAUACAGAUUUGGAUAACACGGUGCAGUUCGGAUGGACAGUUUCCAAAUAUUUCACUCUGUACUGAAACCAAAGAGAACAUCGAAGAUAUAUUGAAAACAAACAUCAGAAUGCACAGUAAGAUUAUAGCGUUUGUAAAAUGUCCAAGAGCUGUUCUUUACUCAAACGAAAACAUGCAACCACUUGAACCUACGGAAAAUAAUUCUACAGAGGAAAUCGUUUGCUAUUGCCAGAAUAACAAACAUGUUGUUCAGUAUGGUGAUCUGACGAAAUUUUGGUCAUGUGUUCAAGAUUCAAAUCACUCAUCAGAAUUUGAAAGCGACCAGACCAGUCUCACUGAAAAGGACUUUAGUAAAAUCGCAAGUAGGAUUGGCAAGGAAUACUUACAACUUGGACGGAAAUUAGGCCUUGGAGAAGCCAAACUGGAUCACAUUCAAUUAGAUAAAUUGACUACACAGGACAGAAUAGUAGCAAUGCUCUGCGAAUGGAAGAAACAGAUGGCAGACAAGGCAUCAGCUUGUGAGUUGAGACGGGCGCUCGCAGCUAUAGGUAAAGAUGCUUCAGCAGUUCUUCGAUGAUUGACAUGCAUUUAUGUUUCAGGGAAUUAGACUAAUCUAGGCAAUUUGCGUCGAUGGUUUUAUGUAGAUAGUACACAGUGUAUUUCAUGACUUACACCAUCUAUCUUUGUUGUUCCAUUGUAAUAUGGAUAUAUUAAUGCGAUGAAAAUCCAAAAUUCAUCUGAUAUAUGAAAUAUUUCACAUUUGCCAAAAUACAGUGUACAACAGCAUUUAUAAUUAUUGAAUAAUUUAUUUGAAUACAUACUUCAAACGGAAGCGAUUAUUGUGCAGUGUAAAAUGUAAAAUGUAAAUGCAAUAUAUGUUGUCAUUCUCAUUUUAGGAAAAUGGAUAUCAGUUGUAAAUUAUCAAAAAAUAAAACUAGAUGUAGAAUACGUAGGGCUUAAAUGUGAUAGAUGUUUGAAGCGUGACAAGCUUCAAUAACGGCGGCUGUUAGAAUUACAUAACAGUGUAGUCUUGCCAUGAGCAACUUUGGUAAAAUGUCACUUAUCUCUCAUGACUGCCUAUGUAAACAAUCAUUUUCAGUCUAGCGUUAUGUCUUCUGUAAAAUUGCACAUUUAAGGUCAAAAGGCUGUAUAUAAAGCUCCAUCAACGUAAACGUGACUUGUAAAUGUUUUCAUUUGUAGAAAUUAAAAACACUUGUAAUGUCUGCUUCAAUACAAUUUUUGUUUGUGUUUUAUUUUUGUUUGAUUUUUUUGCAGUAUUUAAAAAUGAUUCAUAUGUAAAAUGUGGGUAGCUGUACUUAGAAUUAAAGAAUUACAUUGUAUCUAAUUUAGCAUGUUCUCUGCUAACAAGAAAAGCGUUCCUAUUUAAAGUAUCGAGGAAUUCUCAACAAAACUGCUUUACACUUUAUAUCUAAAUAAUUUAUAAAUUUUAAGCAAGAUUACGUUUUAUCAUUUUAUCCCGGCCGCAUGGGAUGAGGCUGUCAUUUGUACAGUAUCCUUGUAUUUCUGUUUAUCUUGUAUGCUUUAAUGCUAUAUGUAAGAUUCGUUAAUUUACGAAAUGAUAAAUUAUAUUUUGAAAGUUUACGUUUUGGUCAAUUUUCAUUUGUUAAUAGUUACGUAUUCAUGAAUUUAAAGUCUUUGUGCAGAGUCAUCAUUCCAAGUUUCAGUUCUUAUUAUAUAAAAAAUGAGAGAUAAUCUGCGUUGUUUUCAGCUUUUCGUAGCCCAAAAUAUGUUAUGCACGGUAGAUUAGAAAAUAUUUCGAGUUAUCUUUUUUCCAUGUACUUUUUGCCAUUUGAAUAUCGGAAGUAUACGAUUUGUUUUAGUAUUAUUCAUUGGUUUAAUUUAAAUUUGUACAAUAGCUAAUAGUACUUAUUUUGAUCUGCAGUGUUGUUAAGUUCAACGUUUCAAUUUAUGUCAUGCCAUAUAAAGUGAAAGUGAAUUUUGUGUCCAUACUUGAUAAUUACUCCUCAGAAAUGUUAUGAUUAUACAAAUCCAUUUCACUCUCUUCAUCUUAAGAGUGUGACAACCAGUGUGAUCUGAUCUGCAAUUACCAUUUGACUAUCAUUGACAAGGUCAGAAUUUGUUUCAUAUACGGAAUGAAAGACAGUUAUAUACGUUGUUUAAGUACGAUAGAGAGGUUUGAAUUAUUCAGUGCGGCGUAUAUCUGAUAAUUUUAAACACACUUCUAUAUAUUAUUUCAAUUAUAAGAAUCAAAUUCGAUUGUGGCAGAAAUAUUCCUAUAAGUAUGUCGAAUAUUCGUACGAGUUAGCUUGUUUUGUCAUACUAGGAAACAAAUUAGAGUACAUAUUUUAAAAACAUCAUUAGGAUUAUGUUUCGUAGCAUAUUUUACAGUGUGCGAAAACCUGUAUCACAAGAUGUAUACACAUAGCGUGAACGACAAACCGACAAAUAAGUUUUAACUAAUAUUCAUUAGUUUUUUCUGAUUUGAUGCAUUUAAUAUUUGACAUUGUUAGUUUGUACAACUUGCAUUUGAUACGUUUUUCAGGGGACGUGAGGGGCGUUGCACGUUCCAUAACCGCUUAUGAACAGACUCAAUCAAACCGAUUGCCACUAUCUUGCUGUGUUGCAUUCUAUGUUUCCAAGGGGUCUUCCUGUAGAUUUUAUUUAUUAUCACAACAGCAGUCUUUAAGAGCCCAGGCGGCCGUAAAAGGUCUCCCCAUACUUCGAUUUAAUGUUAAAUUUUCUGGUCCUUUUGGAAAAUGGAGUCCCUUUAAUAUAUAUAUACAUGUAUAUUAUAAAAAGGCCUCUUCUGGGAGAGGGGGAGGGGGGGGGGGCGCUGUUGCACUUUCCAUUACCUCUCGUGAACAGACUCAAUUAAACCGUGUAUGCAAUUAUUUGCUUGGUUGCAUUCAGUGCUUCAAAGGGAUUUUCUUUUAGAUUUUGAUAUCAUUCUUUCAUUUAAUCAAGUAUUUUUGAACACAUAGCAAUGUUACGUUCAGUAAUAAAAUCUGUGAAAAUAUCAUUUGGAAGCUUAGAACGCAACCAAGUAAAAUAAUAGCACACUCUGGUUGAAUGAGUCAGUCGGGAGGGAUGAUGAAAUGUGCAACACCUUUCAAAACACCUAGCACCGGCUUAAGCGAUUUUUAUAAUAAAAUUUAAUGUUCUCCAUGAACCCAGUGGACCAGGAAAUACAACAACACUGAGUUCAAGUACUGGGAGACUUUUUUAAAGCCGCCAAGUUUAUAUCAUAAGCGAUGCAAGGAGUCAAAAAUAUUCAAGGGAAAUAGAAAAUUAAUCGACUUCUUUUCAUGAACCACUUGGACAAUCUUCGUCAAACUUAUUUAAAGGUGUUUCUAAUUUUAGCUGUAGUGGUCACUAAAUGCGCCAAACUCCCCCAUUUUUUGGAGAGGGCCUUAUAGUAACAUUACAUGUCAAGAUUGAUGAAGAACCACCAGGCGGUUAAUGACAAGAGGUCCUUUAAUGGUAUUUCUGUUUUUAGGAAUAAUGAUCCCUAAAAGGGCAGGGUAGCCCGAUUUGAAUAUAAUUGGGAAAGACCUUAUAAUGAUGUCACACAUCAAGUUUGAUGAAAAGCUAUAAAACGUUUUAUGAAAUGAAAUAAUUUUAAGGUAUUCCUAUUUUCAGCUUCAGUUCCUACUUAAAGGGACCAAUUGCCCCCUUUUUAACAAAUUUUGGAGGACCUUAUAAUGAUGUGAUAAGGCCAAAAAAAAAUGUGUGUUUCCAGUCUCCUUGAAAAAAAAUUAAGGUAGGUAGGUAGGGAUUUUUUUUUUUUUUUUUGGUAUCGAAGGACAGAACACCGAACAAAAUUCUCAAUUUUUAACUAACGCAAUAUGAUGUAGACACCGAGGGAGACUUUUUUUAAAGGAAAAGUAAACAUGCUGUGUGUUUCUGCUUGCAAAAUCCUAUAGAAUUAUCUGGAAAUAAAGACAAUUUGAAACUUGGAA